GGCGGCCGGGGCGGCUCGGCGGGCCGACAAUAGCCGACCGGCGGGACUCGGCGGGCGGGCGGCGGCCAGUCGCGGGGAGCGCACGGCGGAGCCGGCUGGAUCUGUGCGGACGGACGGAGAGCGCCGGCUGUGACCGCCGAGCCAGUGUGCAGGAGGGGAGCUGUCCACUGUUCAGUCUGCGGUGACGAAUCGGCGGUCAGCAGCGACCUUCAGACAGCGGGCGCCAUGUCGGCCAAGCGCAAGUCGCCACCGUCGAAGCUGUCGGACGCGGAGGGAGACGUAGACCUGGCGAUGUCGGAGAGCGUUGGAGCGCUGAGCGGCGACGGUCGAGAGUCACCUGCCGGUCAGGGCGGGGGCGGCGGGGGCGGCGGCGAUGGCGGCGGCCUCAGCCCGCGGCACGAGCCGCCUAGCGCCGGAGAGGAGCUGCUGGCGCAGCGGCGCAGCAUGGAGAGCGUGCUGCGGCGGCUCUCCUCGCGGCUCCUGGACGAGGCCGGCCCGCCCGUCAGCUCGGCAGAUGCCUCUAUGCCGGACGUGUCCCGCUCCCACCCGGAUCUGCUGCCAAUGCUGGUGGACAAACAUCAGAUGGAUCCGCAUAAGAUCCAGGAGAUGAUCGAACAGCUGAGGCUGGUGCAGCACAGCAUCCAGCUGCGGCAGCAGCAGGAGCAGCUUCGACAGCAGCAACAGCAGCAGCAGCAGCUAAAGUUUCUGCAACAGCGUCACCAGGACAGUCUGGAGCGUGCGGCGGCCGCCGGACUCCGGCCCCCGGAGAUGCUCGGCGUGCCGCACCCCCUGCUGCUCUACCCGUUCCUGGGGCCGCCCUUCCGUGGACUGGCACCGCCCUCCGCCCAGCCACCGACUCCGACUCCGACUCCGACUCUGGCGCCGGGAUCGACUCUCUCGCCGCCCACACAUCCGGUAUACUCGUGGGCUUCAGCGGCGCAGGCUCAGAUGAAUCAUCAGCAACAGCAGCUCCAGCAGCAGCAGCAGGAGCAGCAACAGCACCAGCAGCAGCAGCAGCAGCAGCAACAGCAGCAGCAGCAGCAGCAGCAGCAGCAGCAGCAGCAGCAGCAGCAGCAGCAGCAGCAGCAGCAGGCGUCCAUCCCGCCGCCGCCGCCGCUGCUGCCCUCAGAUGACGGUCCUCUGAACCUGACCAAGAGCCGCGACUCUCCGUCGCCGGCCGGAGUAGGCUCUCAGAGGCAGCAGCAGCAGGCGCAUCAGCGGCCUGAGCCGGCGGCGGCGCCGUUCUCCGUGUUCCCGCCGCAGCCCCUGAUGCCGUCUCCUUUCAUGCCGUACGGUCUGCCGCCGGGCAUGGCGGGUCUUCCGCCGUCCUCCGUCGACCAAUUUAAGCUGGAUCUGCCAACAUCGGUCGCCGGCGGCCCGUCCCCGGUCGGCGGACUGCCGCUCUCGCUGGCCGGAGGUGUACCCACCUCCGUCAGAGACGGCCCGCUGCCGCUGCACAUGCUGUACCCGACUGGGAGGCUAGGUAACGGCCUCUCCGGCCUCACCAUGGUGUCACCGCCCGGGAGGGCUGGAGAGGAGGCAGGGAAGGCAGACUCGGAGCUCGGAACCGCGGCCACCUGCACCACUAAGCUAUUUGGAGCUAAGAUAAUACGCCAGCAGCGAAAGGACAGCAGCGGCAAGCCCCAUAUCAAGCGGCCAAUGAACGCAUUCAUGGUCUGGGCCAAGGACGAGCGCAGGAAAAUACUCAAGGCCUGCCCUGAUAUGCACAACUCCAACAUUAGCAAAAUACUCGGUGCUCGGUGGAAGGCGAUGACCAACGAACAAAAACAGCCCUACUACGAGGAGCAGUCCCGUCUGAGCAAACAGCACAUGGAGGAGCACCCCGAGUACCGGUACCGGCCGCGGCCCAAACGUACCUGCAUCGUCGACGGCAAGAAGCUGCGGAUCUCCGAGUACAAGGCCCUGAUGCGGCGGCGCCGGCAGGAGAUGCGCAGCCUCUGGUGUCGGGAGGGUAUGACCGACCUGCCCGGUCUGCUGAGCCCGGCAGCGCUGGCUGAACAGGGCGCGUCGGCCGCCGCCGGAGCGGCCGGAGCCUCAGCGCUCUCGCCACAGCCCAGCCCCACCACCUCGCGUGACUCGGCGUCUCCGUACUCCCCACUGGGGGCGGCAGCGGCGGUUAGUGCCGCUGAGCCCACCGCCGGUCUGGUGUAAACGGCAGGUGAUCGGUGGACACGGGAUACCGUCUGAGGACCGACCGGCUGCCGCGGGAACGAUGAGGAUUAGCAGGUACUUAUAGGCAGCUUAGGCCGGGGAGGACGGAAACGGUAAGCUGCUGAAGCAGCGGACCGAUCGGUGACUAUAAUAUGGGCAACUAAAGCUGAGGGCUGGUCGGUGACUGGAGCAGACAACUGUUGCCAAGGAACCGCAUGGCACAGGGAGCUGUAUGAAGGGCCAGACUUGGCUGCAUCCAUGAAGCAUCGGGUGACUUCGUCGUAGGGACAUAGGGAAUCCUCAGCUGCUGCGGAGCCCACGGGACCUCACCCUUUCGUGGAAGCGCUGGCUGUCUCGGAAAGAGCCCUCGCAUCUGUCGCCUAGUACGUACUUAUGUCUGUCGAGCCUGGCGUUGUGAAAGAGCGCUGACAGCACACCUGGAAGCCCGCCUCCCCUGACAAUGGUCCAUGUUGUUAGCUAGAUUACGUGAUCUCUCACACGACGCCUGCGAGUCAGGACGAUAAUGCCAAGAGCGGAGCUGACUUCGUGUCAGAGAAGCCGACUCUGGGUGUUGAGAUGAGCUGAUGACUCUACAUAGCCAAUUCUGAGUGCGUCUAAGAGUUGAAGGCCGAGUACAGUUCAGUGUCGGUCUUUGCCAUUGUCGGGAAGCACAGUACCGUGAUUGUGACUGCGAAUGCGGAAAAUACUCAAUGUUUGCUUCGUAUGUGUUGCUGGCUGAGGAUCAUAACGAUCGCUCACCCAGUAGCCAGAUUGACGGGCUAAGAGAUCUUUUUGUGUCAAACGACUGUUUCGGGGUCGGAGGCAGGUUUCAGCACUGAUGGCUAAAUAUUUUGGAAUUAUUUAUUCACGUUCACCAGGAAACCUCGUCCCAGCAGUCCCAUGGUCUCGUGUUCAAACAUCUAAGCCUUCUUACUUUUUCAGUGUGCUGCAUUGUCGGACUCUAAACCUGUUCCUCUCUUGUAGUAUGUGAAUCUUUCCUCGCGUGUCUUUGAUUGCUUUGCGCUGAGUUUUAUACUGGGACCACGCGCCGCCCUCGUUGGAUCUAGAACAUAGCGUUUCCACGGGUGAUUGCAAUGUUGUGGACGGCGCGGAGUCAUGUGGUAAUGUUGUCGUUGGAGGGGACGAGAAAUGUACAUAUAACAUAUCCAGUCAGCGACGGCGGGCUCUGGUGGUGAGCGGACACCACCUGUUAUUUAUUUCCCUCUGCCGGGGCACUCUGCGCCGGCGCGAGGCCUGGUUGUGUCCGGUGUGACGACAGAGCCGUGCAGAGCUGUUGUGUCGGUAGGUGUGCCGCGUCGCUGUCCCCAGCAGACGCGGACGUAUGUGUUUGUAUGUGUGUCGAUCCCCACCCCGCCUGACCUGUUCCCAAACAGUCGGCCCUCCCGCUCUACCCAACCGCUCUCGGUCCUGCUCACGAGCGCUCUCUCUCUGCAUCGGACACUGGGGCAGACCGACUGACCGUGUCCCUGUCUCGCUGUUGGCAGUCGAGGAGACACGGCAGACCGCUCGCCAGGCGCCGUGAAUCCCCCGUUUGGACACAAACGCCGUCUUGUAAUGUCCCACCCCCUCGGCAGCAGUGUUGAUUUUACUAUUGUUGUGCCAAAUGUUUAGAUGGAGAUCACUUAAUAUAUUGAAACUGUAA